CCAAGACUCUCCAGGGUUUGGAGAGUGAUUGCUGCCCAAAGAGAAUCUUUUUUACUUCCCUGGCGAAAGGCCCUCUGCAGCCCAAGGCGAGCCUGAGCUGGAGCCGCUAGGGUUAUCUGUGUCAGGAUCAUUUCCGGGGGAAUAGCUCUGGACCCUGACUGGUAAAGACAGGGCAAAGGAGAGGAGACAGAAGAAGAGAGUCCAACUCCUAACCCAGCCCCUUUGCUCACUGUGAGUAGCCCAAGUUGGAGGAAGGUACUGUACUGUGGGUGUUCUGCAGGGAUAUCCCCUCUCACCUUGGCAGUCAGGCUGAGAAAGGGCUCCAAGGUCCCCGUGGAAUGACGACUCUUGUUCCUGCAACCCUCUCCUUCCUUCUCCUCUGGACCCUGCCAGGGCAGAUCCUCCUCAGGGUGGCCUUGGCAAAAGAUGUCAAAUCUGGGACCAAGGGGUCUCUGCCCAUGUCCCCUUCUGAUUUCCUAGACAAGCUUAUGGGGCGAACAUCUGGAUAUGAUGCCAGGAUUCGGCCCAAUUUUAAAGGCCCACCAGUGAAUGUGACCUGCAACAUCUUCAUCAACAGUUUUGGCUCCGUAACUGAGACCACCAUGGACUAUCGGGUAAAUGUCUUCUUGAGGCAACAGUGGAAUGAUCCACGCCUGGCCUACCAAGAAUAUCCUGAUGACUCACUGGACCUCGAUCCUUCCAUGCUGGACUCUAUCUGGAAGCCAGACCUGUUCUUUGCUAAUGAAAAAGGGGCCAACUUCCAUGAAGUGACGACAGACAACAAGUUGCUGCGCAUCUUCAAGAAUGGGAAUGUGCUCUACAGCAUCAGAUUAACCCUCAUUUUGUCCUGCCCAAUGGACCUCAAGAACUUCCCCAUGGACAUCCAGACUUGCACAAUGCAGCUGGAAAGCUUUGGCUAUACCAUGAAUGAUCUCGUGUUUGAGUGGCUGGAAGAUGCUCCUGCUGUCCAAGUAGCUGAGGGGCUGACUCUGCCCCAGUUUAUCUUGCGGGAUGAAAAGGAUCUAGGCUAUUGUACCAAGAACUACAAUACUGGGAAAUUCACCUGCAUCGAGGUAAAAUUUCACCUGGAACGGCAGAUGGGCUACUAUCUGAUUCAGAUGUACAUCCCUAGCCUACUCAUCGUCAUUCUGUCCUGGGUCUCCUUCUGGAUCAACAUGGAUGCUGCCCCUGCCCGUGUAGGCCUUGGUAUCACCACUGUGCUCACCAUGACAACCCAGAGCUCUGGCUCCCGGGCCUCUUUGCCUAAGGUGUCCUACGUGAAGGCAAUCGACAUCUGGAUGGCUGUGUGUCUGCUCUUCGUGUUCGCUGCCCUGCUGGAGUAUGCUGCUGUCAAUUUUGUCUCUCGUCAGCAUAAGGAAUUCAUGAGAUUUCGAAGAAGGCAGAGGCGCCAACGCAUAGAGGAAGACAUCAUACGAGAAAGCCACUUCUACCUCCGUGACUAUGGCCUAGGCCACUGCUUACAGGGAAGGGAUGGAGGCCCAAUGAAAGCUUCUAGUAUAUAUAGCCCCCAACCUCCAGCUCCUCUUCUAAAAAAGGGAGAAACCAUGCGGAAACUGUAUGUGGAUCAAGCUAAAAGAAUUGACACCAUCUCCCGAGCUGUUUUCCCUUUUACUUUUCUCAUCUUCAAUAUCUUCUACUGGGUUGUCUAUAAAGUGCUACGGUCAGAAGAUAUCCACCAGGCACUGUGAAUUGGUGGGAGAUAUGGAGUCCAGCUGCUGGCUUCCUGCUUUCUCCUGGGUGGGCUUUUCCUCUCUAUUAGAUUCCAUCAAGGACUUAGACAAUUUCUUCCUGAUCUUUCUCCCUCUCAGAACAACUACCAGUACCACAACUAUAUGGGCCUAUACUGCAUAGUGACAAUGGUGGCUGUACUUACAGGAUGGCUCAUCUACCCUAAUCCAGAUUUUCUCCAUACUCUACCACUUCUCAUGAGAAUAAAGCUUGGGCAUGUUCCCGUGGCCAGGAUGACUUGCUUCCCUUUCUGGGGACCCUCUGUUUUCCACUAUUUUAGUGCAGAAUAUUUAGGCCACUGCUAUUAUACCCUGGUGUUUCUCAUCUUAAUCUGCACCACUCCUCACCCUUCAACCAUCUACCCAAAGGCUGGCCUUUACUUGGCCCUCUGUUCCUUCUAAUGCAUGCUCAAAUAGAGCCCUUUCCUAUCCACAAGUGCUGCCCUGUGUGACCAGUCAGGCUUUCUUACAGUGAGAG